UGUAACCCGCCCAUUGGAGGAAAAGUAACUUUCACCAAUCUAUAAAUUGAUAUAUCGUGUGCAGGAACUGCACACGUCAAUACUCCUGUCAACAAUGGGCUUGAUUCACGUAUGUGUCGGAGUCCUCCUACUGCUGGUGUUGGACACAUGGGCAUGUGAUGGUAAUAACGGAACCUGUGGUUGUAUCUUUACUGAAACAACUGAAAUAGAAGAGGAUGAUUAUGUAUGUGAACCCAUACGAAGUGCAGAUUUCCAAUAUUUCUUGCAACGUCUGAGUGACAAUUUAUGGAAUCACUGGAAUGCAUACACAUUUGUAUACUCCUUUCCACACAACACUGAGCCACCUGAAGAAUCAGGAACUCCUCUAUGCCCUACCGAGCGUAAACAAAUUCUUGGAUACUUCAAAAACAAUGGGCUGACCUUGUGCUGGGUUGUUUAUCCGCAUCAGCAAGUUAUUAAAAAGGCUGAAUGUACUGGUGAAGGAUGCUGUGGAGACAACACAAGAUGUGAUCCAGGCGGUUAUGUGCUGAAGAAGUACCUUGUCUACUGUGACGCUCUCUACACUGAUGAAGAUGGCUGCCUGAUAGGGACGGACGAACUUGGCGAAACAACCCCAUCUACCUUUGAUGAGACUGAUUUCAACGGCCCCACGCGACGCAAGCGCGAAGCAGAUGCUUCACACGAAACUAUCAUUGAGAGGGAAAAACGAACGCUGCCCUCCUCCUGUCCCCCAAAUGAGUGGUACUUUGCAUUUAAACACGACUACAUUGCCAGCACAUGCUCAUGCCGAAGAUGUGUUUGUUAAUUACACAGUGUAUCAGGUCGGAUUUUUUUAAAUGAAUCAAUGUUUUGACAAAAUCAAAAUCAUUUGAGUGCAUUAAAUUCAAGUAAAUUU